CAACGUGCGGGGACUUGCAAUGAGGCUUACUUGCUGCUGCUUAGUAAUGCGGGUGUUGUACUGAGGCCGUACUCAGUCGGUGCUUAUCCGUUGGACGACGCGGACGCGGGAGAUUCUUUUGCGCGGAGUGAUUCGGUUCGAUUUUUGGGAAUAGUUGUUCUGAAAGGUUGUGAUCCUUGGCAGGUUUCGAGCGUAUGCAUUUUCGGAGAAAAAGAAAAAUCAGCAACUUUUUGGAAGUGAGUGAUUCGGUUUGUGUGAAUUAACGGAAGGUGAAUGUGGUUGAGAAGGUUUCAAAACAAGUAGAACAAAACUACUUUCGAAUGCAGACUGCGUACAACCAGGGAAGACGUAUGAAAAUAUUCUAUAUAAAAAAUAUAAAAUAUUGAUGAGCCAGCAAUCUAGUGCCGCAAAUCAAGCAGAGCGGAUUGAAUCUGGAAUCGAUUUGUCAAGAGUGUUGUGUCGGAUAAUCGGUGAAUUAGAAGUUAUACAAUCCCAACGUUAAUCGAUCAACGAGUGUGACACAAUCAAUUGCAAACUGCGCUGUCCUUGGUCCACAUUCGAGCGUGUCGUACCUGAGGCGCUACAGUACGAUGGACCAACCGUCGCCUCCGCCAACCAUGCGCCGCAGCAUCCCGGAGACCUACGCGGGCCGGACGCUGUUCAUAACCGGUGCGACGGGUUUCAUGGGCAAAGUCCUGGUGGAGAAGCUGCUGCGGGACUGCCCGGAGCUCAAGUGCAUCUACCUGUUGAUCCGCACGAAGCGGGGCGUGGACGCGGCCCAGCGCAAGGACGAAUACCUGAAGCACCUGGUGUUUGACCGGAUCCGCGAGACGAACCGGGCCCAGCUGGACAAGAUCCGGCUCGUGCGUGGGGACAUCCUGGAGGACGACCUGGACAUGGCGAACGGCGAUCAGGCCGAGCUGGCGGAGAACGUCGAGGUGGUGUUCCACUGUGCGGCCAACGUGCGCUUCGACCAGGAGCUGAAACAGGCCGUCAACUACAACCUGAACGGAACGCUGCGGGUUCUGCGGCUGGCCGAACGCAUGAAGCGGCUGGUGGCGUUUGUGCACGUGUCUACGGCGUUCUGCCAGUGCAACGAAGCCGUCGUGGAGGAACGGGCGUAUCCGGCGCCCCACAGCCCGCUGGGCAUCUCCAAGCUGGCCGACCUGGUCGACAGCAAGGUGCUGGAUCUGGUGACGCCAAGCAUGCUCAACGAUUUCCCAGAUACUUACUCCUACACAAAGGCACUCACCGAAGAUCUGGUCAACGGGUUACGCGAUCGAUUACCGAUCGCCAUCGCAAGGCCUACGAUCGUCACUGCCGCGUGGAAGGAACCUGUGCCCGGGUGGAUCGAGGGAACCCACGGCCCGACCGGGCUGAUAAUUGGUUGUGGUCGAGGCGUCGUUCGUACCAUGCACUGCAAUCCAGACUACGACACUCACGUCAUGCCGGUGGAUGUAACGAUGAACGCGGUGAUAAUCCUAGGUGCGGAACGCAUCAACGCGGGUUUGGACGGGAAAGCGCUGUUCUGUAACAUUUCCUCCGAUUACGUGAAUCCAAUCGCAUGGGGAAAAUCUGUACAAGUUUGUUGGGAGAAAGUGAUUCAGAAUCCACUCUGCUUCUCCUUGUGGUAUCCGGACGGCUCGAUCAAGUCCAACUCCGUUCACCACAUGAUCUGUGCGAUCCUGUUCCAUUACUUGCCGGCCUAUCUGAUAGACUUUUUGCUUGUUGUGUUCCGGAGAGAACCAUUCCUGCUCAACAAUCUACCCAACACGUACGCCUACACCAAAGCCUUAACCGAAGAUCUCGUCAACGGGUUCCGCGAUCGGCUUCCGGUCGCGAUCGCCCGACCAACGGUGGUCAUCGCCGCCUGGAGGGAACCCAUUCCCGGCUGGAUCGAGGGAACCCACGGCCCUACCGGACUUAUGAUUGGCGGUGGUCGUGGCGUCAUCCGAACCAUGCACUGCAACCCGGAGUACGAUUCCGGCCUGAUGCCGGUGGACGUAACGAUGAACGGCGUGAUCAUCCUUGGCGCAGAACGCAUCAACACCGGGUUCCAGCAGAACACGCUGUUUUGCAACAUCGCCUCGGGUAACGUGAAUCCGAUCACGUGGGGCGACGCGCUCGAAGCUGGCCGCAAAAAGCUGUACGACAAUCCGCUCUGCUUUUCCCUGUGGUAUCCGGACGGUUCGAUCAAGUCCAACUAUUUGUACCACAUGCUCUGCGUAGUCUUGUUCCAUUAUCUGCCGGCGUACCUAAUCGAUUUCUUGCUGAUUAUACUUCGAAGGAAACCAUUCAUGAUCAAAAUCCAGAAGAAGAUCUCCCAGGGCCUGAACGUGCUCCAGUACUACACCACCAAGCAGUGGGUGUUCAACAACGACCGCAUGUGCGCCAUGUACGGCCGCCUGUCCGAGAAGGACCGGCAGACGUUCUUCUUCGACAUGAGCGCCCUGGAUUGGCCCAGCUAUUUCCGGGACUACAUCCUCGGUGUGCGGCAGUACGUCCUGAAGGAACCACCGGCGACGCUGCCCAAGGCCAGGAGGCUGCUCAGAAAAUUGUACAUCAUGGACAAAUUGGUGCAAGCGGCGAUCUACGCGUUGAUUCUGUGGCUGGUUUGGUCCUACUGGGACGUUGUGAUCGGUUCGAUUCAGUUUGUGCUCGAUAGUAGCGUCGAUGGUGUUAGGAAAACCUUUGCUCGUGGAACACGGGCUUAAUGAAUUGACUGGACUUUUUGUGCUGUAGAUUUAUUGAAAAGUAGAUACUCUUUGUUUUAUUUUGUACACUUCACGUUUUAGUAUCAAUAUUUUUUCUAUACUUGCGAUUUGAAGCACCAAAUAACGCACUUUAUACUCAAGCUGCAUAGAACUUAUGAGACACUGAAAAUAUGUACUGAAAAUCACAACGUUUUUAAUAGCAUUUUA